GAUUAGGAAGCCGCCGCUGCGCGCGGUGUGUUGGGAGAAGCCGCGUCUGCAGGGGUUAAUCUCUGGGUCCGGAGUUUAAGGUACUUAAGGACCUCUUCUCCUUUCAAAAAGUUUGCCCACCUCAGAGGUGGACGGACCUUCACGCUGCCAGGUCCUCAGCCGGCCAGACGGACCCAACGCUGCCGGCCGCCACCUGAGUGAAGUCGCCUCGCAGAUUAGCUGCGUUAAUUCAUGCCCAAGUGUCCGCAAAUUUUGUCGCGUGUCCGUCUCGUGUCCUCUCUGUGAGAGUCCGCCGGGCGUUCUCUUCUUGGAGUUUUUGUGCCCCCCCCCCCAUUCGCUGUCUUCUGAAUCAGAGCCGGUUGGGGCAUCUUGGAAAAUCUCAACCCGACGCCUUAUCAAACUUCGAAACCGUGUAACCCUGAAACUACAGAUAACCGACCUUCUGCGGAUUCUUUUUGUUUCUUUUAUUGUUCCGUUUCUUGGAGGAAUUCUUUGCCGGGUCGCCAGAGGGGGCUUCUGUCUGAGGGGCUUUUGGGUGACUUCAUUAUUAAACUCCUCCUGACCUGAGUGACUAUUAACGGAGACCCUCCAUUCUUCACAAGACGCAGCUGAUGAUCCAAUCGCAGUCUCACGGGAGAGAUUAAAGUCCCUUGAAUUGUUUGCCCUUUGUUUCAUGGGACUCGGCCCCAGUGUCUGUUCGAUGACAUUAACCUGCCGCCAGAAACCAGAGGAAGAAGCCAUUAAGGGGGCUUCAUCCCACCGUGGCGAUUCAGCGAGGGCCAUACAUAAAGGACCGUCCUUCUCUGGGACGAUGGCUCCUCGCUUGCCCCGUCUCCUUGGCUGUCUGAUAGUGGCGAGCGUGGUCCUCCCAGGAAGCCAUGCCUUCUUCCCCAACUUCUGGUCCAAGUUCUUGUCGGUGACGUGGGGAUCGUACACUCACCAGGAUCUGACGGAGGAGGCCAUACUCAACGUCACCCUGCAGAUCCUGCUGGACAACAAGCAUCCUACCCGUCCCCCAUUAAACAAACAGGACUUCCAGGGUAAGACGCUGAUUGCAGAUGACAUUUUAAGAGCGUAUUUUGGAGAAGAAGUGUCUGUCCGCCAGUUCAGGGCCUCCGUGCGGCAAAUAGUCAAUGCGAACGCCAACACGGACUUCCUCAACGGGACCCGCGACGACCCCUUGUGUCAUUUCGACUCUGAGAGAUUGCAGCAAGGAAACAGCCUCCUGCUGAGGGCCCGGGAGGACCUACUCACUGCUAUGAAGGCCAAAGACUACGAGGGGUCUCGGCAGAGGUUAGGCCAGAUGUUGCACUCCUUGCAGGACUUUUACAGUCACACCAACUGGGUAGAGAUGGGUAACACUGACAUUUACCCCGAUCUAGCCUCUCCAGGGAAAGACAUCACCUCUCUAGCUGGAGCCUCGGAUCAGACCUGUAUAGACUGCACUGAAGUCUCGUGUCGGAACAACAUAGCAGAGAGCGUUCAAAAGAGAAAUCUCCUGACAUCGGGCUACUUCGGAGAAACACCUAAGAAGCCUCGGGGAAAGUGCAGCCACGGCGGGCCUUUCGAUUAUAGCAGUCGGUUUAGUGCACGUGGUGGAAUCAACAAGGACACCAACAACGCCAUUUAUUCCCCCCACCACUUCCUCCACACCCAGGCUGCUGAACUGGCUCUCCGGGCUACCAUUCAGUUUCUGAGCCAGCUACGGAAAGAUGUGACGGACCGUGAGAUGCUGAGGCUCCUCGGAGUCUCUUCUUUUCCAGCUCUGAGUUUCGUCCUGGACACAACGGGAAGCAUGGGGGAAGAGAUUACCGCGGUCCGACGCCAGGCCAAUGAGAUAAUUAAUAGGCAGAAUCUGCUGUACCCAGACUACUAUAUCCUCGUGCCUUUCCACGAUCCAGGAUUCGGCCCUGUAUUCAAGACAAGUGACCCUAAUGAAUUCCGGAAGUAUCUGAAUUCUCUGGUCGCCCUGGGUGGGGGAGAUGAACCAGAGAUGUGUCUGUCGGCACUGCGGCUGGCUCUGAUACACACUCCUCCUCAUUCCGAAAUCUUUGUUUUUACUGAUGCUUCCGCCAAAGACAUUGAGCUUCGGAGCUCCGUGGAGGCUUUGAUCCAAGAUAAAAAGAUGAAGGUUUCUUUCCUGAUUACGGAGGAUCCUUCUCUGACACGCGGACGGAGCAGGAGGGAAUUGUUAAGACAGGACAGAUUUGACCUGUAUUCGGAACUUGCGAUGACGUCAGGUGGCCAAGUCAUCUUCACCAACAACGAAGACAUCAGUAGUGUAUCGGAUGUCAUUGGAGAAUCAGCCCACUUUGAUAUGGUCAAGCUUCUUCAUCUCCAGAGCGAGAGGAAAGGAAACGCCACCCAUGUAUUUGAGGUGGACAAAUUUUUGCACAGUGUUUCUUUGUAUAUAAAUGGAGAAGUCAAGAAAUUCAACAUAAUAGAUCCUGCAGGUCACGUCCAGCAUGGCGUUCGUCGUUCCAGUGGCACGUUAACUCGAAUUUCUCUCAAAGACCCUCUGUCUGUGGGGAGCUGGAGCAUCGUUAUGACAACCAUGGGACUCCACACUUUACAUGUUCAAGGUCGCAGUUCUGUUGACUUCCUUUAUUAUUUCGGGGCUUCCAUGAACGGUUCUCACCCGGGGUUGUAUACAUACACCAACCAACCGGUAGCAGGAGUCCCGGCCGUGUUGGUUGUUGAAACCAUUGGACUCCCGGAGACUGCUCAUCUGGACCAUGUCUCUCUGACCUCCAUCGAAGGGGAGACCCAGAGUUUGGAACUGAGAAAGACCAGUAAGGCAGGGCUCCUGGUGACCGAGGUGGGGCACAUGCCUAUCGGUGAGUUCAGAGUUGGGGUGAGCGGCCAAGAUGAUAACGAGCAUGCACUGCAUCGGGAGGCCCCCCAGCAUCUUAAAGCAGCGGAAUGUGUGGUGGAGAUGUCAAACGAGUCUCCGUCUGCCCUGACUCCAGGCUCCAAUCGUCGAGUGUCGCUCACAAUCAGCAAUUACGCCCCAUCCACCUGCUAUAGCGUUAGUUUGAUCAGCGAUGACUCGGAUUUCACGAUAAACCAGACCAUCGGCAGACUCAACAUGAAUCGCUACGAGAGCCACGUGACAGAAUUCUGGAUCAAAGCUCCCAACACAGCGAAGGAAGAGGCGGUCGUCACCGUUAUAGCAUCGAUCGCCAGCUGUGAGAAAAAGACAAGGGCCUGCUUCACGAUGUUAACCCUCGUGGUGCAGAAAAAAACACGGGUUUCGCCCAAAACAUUUCCUUCUUGCACCCUCAUGUCCUAUUCCGGCUCUUGCCCCCCUCUCUCUCCGGGGUCCUGCCAGUCCCGUGCCUGGGGGGCAGUUCUACAGGUGUCAGAUCGAGAUGGAGUCAAGUCCGUACAGAUUCUGUUUGGCACCGGUUCCAUCUCUCACGGCCCUGAUGGGCCGUCAGAACGCAUUGAAUUCACGUCAGACUGUUGCUCACCUUCAGCGGAGAUCCUUCUGACCACCUACCGGCGGACGACAGGGUACUGCCACCUAACUGCCCCCUCCGCGGCCACACAGUUGGGGCAAAACAAGACCCUGGUUCUACUGCUUGGAUUAAUGAUAUAUUAUAUCACCAGUUGGACUGUGUAGUCUGCGUCUGGCAUACCAAUCGAUGAGGGGCAGAGUGUGAAGAAGACCUACAUCCAUGACUAUGUUAGGGAUAUUAAUGAGACAAAAUAGGCAAAACCAAUAUUUUAUCACGUAUGCAAAACGAUGACGCUAUUAAUUAUUGUAGGACCACAUCCACAAUAUUAAUACAAAGAGAUACCCUAUAUUUUAUCUCUGAUCCUAAAUCCUUUCAAAUCGCAUCAAAAUUAUAAUUCAAAUGAGAUAUAUUAUAUCACCACGAUAGUCAAUCAAAAAUAUCAUUUAUUGGAAAAACACCAUUUAUAAAAUAUCUAUAUAAGUCAUGCAGUGCAUAAUAUAAUACAGAAAAAUUACCUAAGCAUGUCAAAGUGAAUCAGUUCAGAAAUACAGUAUAUUAUCGAUGAAUUAUCAAAUAUG